GAGAUUUUUGAAAAUUGUCAUUUGUUUAAUUUAUUAGUUAAAAACUUUGAGAGUUGCUUAGCAAUUGCAUAUUUAAGUGGACCGACCGGUUGACUUACACAAGUUGAAAAUGACUUCUGUGGAAGUAAAGGAAGUCAUCGAACAUCCCAUUAAACUGAGAGUGAUGCGUCUCGGUAAGCCGGUAAUGUGUAACUCGAGGGUAGUUACGUGUGAUCCAAAAGACCUGCCCGGACCCGUGUUUGACGCACAGUUAAAAAGCGACGUCACUACGUUGGCCGGCGCCGAAACGUUGGCUGCCGGUUCGUUUCUGAUGGUUCCUAACGUUUUAGAAAAUUUGUAUCUCGGUGAAACGUUCCUGUGUUAUGUUUACUUGAAAAACGAGAGCGCCCAAACUAUUCACAACGUCGUGUUGAAAGCCGAAAUCGAUACGGCCACGUCGCACAUACUCAUACUGGGACCGAAAACGUUUGCAAAGUUGGAUCCGUACGCUUCUAUCGACGUCAUUGUGAAACACGAAGUCAAAGAACACGGCAGUGUCAAUAAACUUAUAUGUCAAGUGGAGUAUGAUCGUAAGCAUUCGUUUGAAACGAUAUUCAGUUAUAGAGUUCCGAAACCUUUAGAUCUUAAAACCAAGUUCUACAACACCGUGACCGACGAGGUUUACCUUGAAGUACAAGUGCAAAAUAUCAUGUCCACUCCAAUCACGUUGGAAAAAUUCAUCUUGGAGCCGUCCGUCGGAUACAACGUCUACUCGAUGAAUCACAUGUUGAGGAGUUCGGAAGACGUGUCCGUGUUUGGAGAUUUGGACAUAUUGGACGUCAAGGAGACCAGACAGUACAUGUAUCGUCUGAGUUACGAUCAGAGUGUCGACAAACAGCCGUCCAGGACGAACAAUCUGGGCAAGUUGGACAUUUUGUGGCGGUCCAACAUGGGAACCAAAGGACAAAUACAAUCGAGUCCGUUAGUCCGACAAAUACCGGAACUAGACGAUAUUACCUUUUCGAUCACUCAACUGCCGGACAUGGUAGUCUGCGAGGAUCAGUUCAGUUUUGUUUGUUCGAUCAAAAACAACAGGAAUCGAGACAUGCAACUGGUCGUCGAGGUUAACGACGAAGAAGACAACAAUCUGGCUUGGUCUAUGGUGUCGGGCAUGCGAUUGGGACUGUUGCCGCCGUACGCUUCGACGCAAACCGUAUUCUCGAUGGUGGCUUUGAACCACGGACUCCAAGUCAUAUCGGGCAUUAAACUGAAAGAAACGAUCCUCAACCGUACUUACACGUACGACAAUUUCGGACAUGUUUUCGUAGCGCAAAACGUCGCUUGAUUGGCCAACGGUCUGUCGUCAACAGCCGCCACUUGAACGUUCACUGUGAUAUUUUUUUUUUUAUUUAAAUACAAUUGCAAUCAAAAAGAGCCGACAAAUUGUCGGUUCAAGUAUAGCUUAACGCGUUAAGUUUUAUUAAAAUUAUAUUUAUUUAUGUAUUUAACAUUUAUACGAAAAUAUAUUAGAAAU